AUGUCAAAGCAUCAUCCGGACCUUGUAAUGUGCAGGAAGCAGCCAGGAGUGUCUAUUGGGAGAUUGUGCGACAAGUGUGAUGGCAAAUGCCCAGUUUGCGACUCAUAUGUGCGUCCAACGACUCUUGUUAGGACGUGUGACGAGUGUUCAUUUGGAAACUAUCAAAGCAAAUGUAUUAUUUGCGGGGGAGAUGGGAUAUCUGAUGGAUACUAUUGCUUUGAAUGCACACGUCUAGAAAAGGACCGUGAUGGGUGUCCAAAGAUUAUUAAUUUGGGGAGUUCAAGAACAGAUCUUUUCUAUGAGCGUAAAAAAUUCAAACUAGGUGGUUUUCAGCGGUAG